CUCGACCACUGCGCCGCCAAAAUCAAGAGGAACUUCACGAACGGCUCGCUUCCGGCCAAUCAAAGUAAUCAGACGGCGGUCGAGGAGGGAGUGGAACAGACGGCCAUCAAAGUGUCCCUCAAGUGUCCGAUCACUUUCAAGAGAAUCACACUACCGGCCCGCGGGCCUGAGUGCAAACACGUUCAGUGCUUCGACUUGGAGUCCUACCUACAGCUGAACAGCGAACGGGGCUCCUGGCGCUGUCCCGUAUGCAACAAACCGGCAGUUUUGGACGGCCUCGAAGUCGACCAAUACAUCUGGAGUAUUCUGAUCACUCAUGGCAGCCAAGACUUCGAGGACGUCACGAUCGACGCCUCCGCCUCUUGGAAGCCAUUCCACGCCAAGACAUUCAAAGAGGAACACGACGGAAGUGAGUAG